AUGACCUUUAUUGCUCGUACAGCUGCCGUAUUCAAUGCAUCUGUCCGUGGUCUUUUCAAAAUGAUGCCAGCUCGAACGGGUCUCCGUUCCUUACUCUCGCUAUCCGUCUUCUUCGUGUUAUUUGUCUUCGCCUUUGCCGAAUUCGAGUUCCUUGACGGUCCCCCCGACGGUCGCAUCGCAUGGGAAUUCCACAAGUUAGAUGACGGGGAACUGAAAGAUCAGGAAGCUCAUCAACGUCCUUUUGCUGACGUGAAAGUCAACUACAGAACGCCACAAGAACGAUAUCUCGAGGAGGCUGCAACGGUAACCACCCAGUUUAAAAACUUCAGGUCCACCUUCAACUAUAUCAAGCCUCCCACUCCUCCCUAUAACAAUUCUCAUAUCCUCGACGACCCCCGCGCCUCUGUUCAGUCGGCCAACAUUGCAAAGUCAGCCAAAAUCUAUCGUCCUUACCCUGACUACAACAGCGAAGAAUGGAAACGUACACAUAGGGGUGCCUUUGUUCCAUGUAUCGGACCCCGGGGCAAGAAACUCGAUGAUAGCUUGGAUGACAGCGUCAGCGUCUAUGUCGGCGUUCCAGAGAACUUCCCCGAGCCCAGUUUUGGUUCAUAUGAUGUGAUCGGCGUCGAUGGACAACUAUCCUACGAUCGGUACACCAGAUACGCCGCCUACGGAUACGGAGAAGAUGACACUUCGUCUGAUUGGAUUCGCCCGUCCAAGGUUGAGUGGGAUAAUGUGAACUGGGGUAAAUUACAACAGGAAUGUGUGCAGAUGAAUGCCGGUCGAUACAAUACCACCGCAGCAAGCGAGAGCAGUGGGUUGUCUUCGUUGUUUGGUCGUCGAUCUCGCCCGGCAAAUCUCAUCAACCCGGAAGCAGCCCCUGAAAAGCGAACCGCCAUUCUUAUCCGCAGUUAUACCGACAAGCAGUAUUCCGAAAACGACAAGCAAGUCAUUCGCUCCAUGGUUCAGGAGUUGUCUCUUCAGUCCGGCGGCGAGUACGAAGUUUUUCUACUCGUUCAUGUGAAGGAUGACAGUAUCCCGAUCGAUCAAGAAGAUGCUUAUCAACAGGUUCUUCGCGACUAUAUUCCGAUGGAGUUCUGGAACAUGACAAUAUUGUGGAACGUUGCCAUGGUAUCUGCGCGAUACAACAAGCUUGACCCUGCAGUUUUGAAUGUCCACCAAUCGCAAUGGCUUCCUAUUCAACAUUUCGUCUUGGAGUAUCCGGAAUUUGAUUUCGUAUGGAAUUGGGAAAUCGACACGCGUUACACGGGUCAUAUGUACGAGUUCACCGAAGCCAUCGCAUCAUUUGGCCGCAAGCAACCCCGUCGUGGUCUCUGGGAGCGUAGCGAGCGAUUCUAUAUCCCUGCUAUUCACGGCAAAUACGAUACCGACUUCCGACAGUUUGUGGCGGAAAAAGGCGGAUCAGGUGUUUGGGGUCGGCUGGGAUACGCGGAGCAGGCAAGUAAGCUGCCAACUCCGAAAGGUCCAUCUCCGCCAGUCCCUCUACCGGAAAACGACAACUAUCAAUGGGGUGUUGGCGAAGAUGCCGACUUUAUUGGAUUUUUACCUAUUUUCAAUCCGUACCGCACCAACUGGGUGUUGAGAGAUGAUGUGUUUGGGUAUCUCGGCAAGGACACACCACGAAGAGCCACUAUCAUUACACAUUCCCGUGUUUCGAGGAGAUUGGUUCUUGCCAUGGACGACGAGAACCUGAACGGUCGCCACGUUGGAUCUGAAAUGAAUCCUCAAACUGUGGCUCUACUUCAUGGCUACAAAGCCGCGUAUGCCCCGCACCCGAUCUGGUCAGACAAACCACUUGCACCGAGACGUAUGGACCGGUGGUUCAACUCUGGUGUCAACGGCCGAUCAGGCAGCUCUUUGGACAGUCCAUUUUCAUGGGGCCGUGAGCAACGGUUCAGGGAUCUGUCAUGGUACUACCGCUGCAAUGUUCCUGGUCGAUUAUACUGGAACUUGCUUGGGUGGGAAAAAGACACGACAGGGGGACCAAACGUGAGUCUUCAAUUCGCCUUUGUUUUUGAUUGACCCUAACUGGACGUAUAUAGUAUGAGAGGAAAUAUGGCCGCGUAGUGUUGCCGUCGAUGUUCUUUCAUCCUAUCAAGGAUGUGAGCCCCGAUUCCGAUAGCAUGAGCUAUGAUCUUCCAAUUUAACGACUUACGUGAUGCGGUAUUAUCCUUCGACUUCAUUCUUUGUCCUCCCCGCCUCCUGUUUUCCCUUUUUCGACAUUUCCGCAUCUAUCGGGGGUAUCCCUGCCCACCGCAUUUAGCAUUAUACAUAUAUUGUCGAGCGGCGAUCAUUCAUAUAACUGCCUUUCUUUCUUUUCUUCCUUCAUCAUGUGAGUCUACUUUAAAUCUGGGUUUGGUGUUCUGAUAAGUUUGUUUUGUCUUGUCAUUCCGCCUAUGGCGGACUUGCCUAAUAGGUGUUUUUUUUUUUUUUUU